AAUAAUAUCAAAAAUAUACUCUUUUUAUCUCCACAGAAACCAGAAAAAAUUGUUCAAUAAAAGGAAUAUCAAUUAAAUGCCAAUCUACCAAACAACCAAUUUUCUAACAAUUUUCCUCUCCUCUCAAAACACACACAAGAAGAGCCAAAGAACAAACAAGAAAGCAUGGAUCACGGUCACAUGCACGACAUGUCUCCACCACCAUCACCAUCAUCAUCCAUGAUGAACAAUGGAUCCAUGAACGGAGGAGGAGGAGGACACCACCACAUGAUGAUGAUGCAUAUGACUUUCUUCUGGGGCAAGAACACGGAGGUUCUCUUCUCCGGUUGGCCCGGAACAAGCUCCGGCAUGUACGCUCUUUGUCUCAUCUUCGUCUUCUUCCUCGCCGUCUUCACUGAAUGGCUUGCUCAUCACUCUCUCCUCCGUGGCACCUCCGGAGGUUCGGCUAAUCUCCCCGCCGGGCUAAUCCAGACCGCCGUGUAUACCCUCCGUACCGGCCUCUCCUACCUAGUCAUGCUCGCCGUCAUGUCAUUUAACGCCGGUGUGUUUCUUGUCGCUCUCGCCGGUCAUGCCAUUGGUUUCAUGUUGUUCGGAAGCCGAGCUUUUCGGAGUUCCUCCGAUGACCGGAAAACUAACUAUGUUCCUCCCUCAGGCUGUGCUUGUUGAUGAUAAUAUUAUGUUUUACAUAUAUAUAUAUAUAUGGAUGGAUAUAUAUAUUGAUCCAUGAUCCAUGCUUGUCUUUCUAGUUAAAGAUCUAGGGGUUUUAGUUUUCUUGAUUAUUUUCUGGAUUGUUCUUGGGGAGAUUCGUGUGUUUGUGAGUGUGAGGACGAGGAUUAUUUGAUAUUUUCUGUCUAUUUUUCUUUUAAUAUUUUAUUUUCUUGCUGGCUGAUGGCGAAAGCUGUAGAUACCAGUUUACUACAUUUAGACACAAAUUUAUUUUUUCU